AUGUCUGAAGACGAUGUUGCGGCAUUAGUAAUUGAUAAUGGUUCAGGAAUGUGUAAAGCUGGUUUUGCCGGUGAUGAUGCACCACGCGCAGUUUUUCCAUCAAUUGUCGGUCGUCCACGUCAUCAGGGUGUAAUGAUUGGAAUGGGUCAAAAAGACUCAUACGUUGGUGAUGAAGCACAGUCGAAACGUGGUAUUCUAACGUUAAAAUAUCCAAUUGAACAUGGAAUCGUUACUAACUGGGAUGAUAUGGAAAAAAUUUGGCAUCACACUUUUUAUAAUGAAUUACGUGUGGCACCCGAAGAACAUCCCGUUCUGUUAACCGAAGCACCGUUGAAUCCCAAAGCAAAUCGUGAAAAAAUGACACAAAUCAUGUUCGAAACAUUCAAUACACCUGCCAUGUACGUUGCCAUUCAAGCUGUUUUAUCUUUGUAUGCAAGUGGUCGAACAACCGGUAUUGUAAUGGAUAGUGGUGACGGUGUAACACAUACAGUUCCAAUUUAUGAAGGUUAUGCAUUGCCACAUGCCAUUCUUCGUUUGGAUUUGGCUGGUCGUGAUUUGACCGAUUAUUUGAUGAAAAUCUUAACUGAACGUGGCUAUUCAUUUGUAACAACAGCUGAGCGUGAAAUUGUACGUGAUAUCAAAGAAAAAUUGUGCUAUGUUGCAUUAGAUUUUGACCAAGAAAUGGGUACUGCAGCAUCGUCAUCUUCGUUAGAAAAGUCUUAUGAAUUACCCGACGGACAAGUAAUUACAAUCGGAAAUGAACGAUUUCGUUGUCCAGAAGCAGUGUUUCAACCAUCAUUUUUAGGCAUGGAAACAGCUGGAAUUCAUGAAACAACCUACAACUCAAUAAUGAAAUGUGAUAUAGAUAUUCGAAAAGAUUUAUAUGCCAACACAGUUUUAUCUGGGGGUACAACAAUGUAUCCAGGCAUCGCUGAUCGUAUGCAAAAAGAAAUAACAUCCUUGGCACCAUCAGCAAUGAAAAUAAAAAUCAUCGCUCCACCCGAACGAAAAUAUUCUGUAUGGAUUGGUGGAAGUAUCUUGGCAUCAUUAUCAACAUUUCAACAAAUGUGGAUAUCAAAACAAGAAUAUGAUGAAAGUGGACCAUCGAUUGUUCAUCGAAAAUGUUUCUAA